AUGAACACAUUCAAUGCACCUACAACGCAAAUAAAUGCGAUUGAUAAAGUAACAACAGUGAAAUGCAAAUCCGUGGAUUUAGAAGGAUAUGUUAUUAUUGUUGUUCAAACUAAGGAUAAUAAAAUAAAAUUAUAUGGGUCACCAUCAGCGGGAAACUUCGACAACUUGGAGCUGGCUGACGAAAUAAUGGACGUCAACGAAACCAGGCUGGAAGACAUGUCUCGCACGGAAGUUUUGAGUCACAUACAUGAGUGUAUAUCAUCAUGUGUUAUCAAACUACGAGUUAAGAGGAGGAGUGAAACGAAAUUGUUAUCAGAUAUCGGCCAUAACAUAAUCCAGGAUGCUUUCCUCAUCGCGGUUGAGGAGCAGGCUCGGCAGCGGCUGCAGAGGCUGUCAGCUCUCAAACGGAUCACACCGGUUGAUAUGUCAAAACUCUCUUUAGAGUUAAACAGAAAAAAGCGUUCGCAAUCCGAGAGCAAAGAACUGAACGGGUACAUAGCCAACUCCACAGUGUACGUAACUUCUAUUAACGAAAACGGGGCUAUAGAAAGUAAACCAGUAAUAUCAUCACCAAAAUCACAGCCAAAAGCGCUCCAAGCGAAACCAGCGCCGGUCAUAGCCAACGGGAUCCAGGAGAAAGAGGAGAAUGAGAAGGAUUUAAGUGAUAAAUGUGAUAGUGUAGUGUUAAGUGACGCGUUGAAUGUGGCCAGAGAGCAUUUGAGUAACGGCAGAUGUGAAAAACUUUUGGGUGAAUCAGUGAAUAGGACGACUGGACAGGAUAAGUUGACGCCUGGUGAAAAUCGGUGA